AUGGCUAAGAUGGCUUCCAUGGCGCCAACAGCUGGUGGCCAGUAUCACUGGAUUUCAGAAUUUGCGCCCCAAAGUUCUCAGAGGUUUCUCUCCUAUAUUAUCGGCUGGUUGUGUGUGCUUGGAUGGCAGGCUGGUACAGCGUCCUCCUGCUUCCUAGCCGGGACUGAGAUCCAGGGACUAGUUAUCCUUAACUAUGACAACUAUGAACCCCAGCGAUGGCACGGAACCUUGAUGGCGAUGGCUGUUAUUGCACUUUGUGCCCUUUUUAACACGAUCCUUGCGAAGCGACUCCCGGUGGUCGAAGGUGUCGUUCUUAUCCUCCACGUUGCUGGCUUCUUUGCAAUUUUGAUUCCACUGUGGAUUCUUGCCCCACGGUCUUCCUCGAAGGAUGUAUGGACAAAAGUCGAGGAUGCGCAAGGAUGGGGCAGCAAAGGACUGGCCAGUCUAGUUGGAAUAAUCACGCCCGUCGUGUCACUCCUGGGAGCUGAUGCUGCAACUCACAUGUCUGAGGAGUUGAAGAACGCAUCGAAAACGCUACCUAAGGCGAUGCUCGCAACCGCCUUGUUUAAUGGUUCUCUAGGUAUCAUAAUGGUGAUGUAA